GUUGAAUGUGGUGUUAGGGUUGAGAAAGGUUCGAGAAAACAACGAGCAAUGCCGCCAGAGCUCCGAGUAUCGGUGUAAAUAUUCUUGACCUAGAUUACCGAGAGAGCUCAAGGUAUAAGGGAGGAGAGCUCGCUCAUGCUCAUCAUCUCUCAGCUCUUAACUCUUCAGCCUCAUUGUUGCUACGAGAACCCAACAGACACACAGCUUUAACCUAAUCUUUUCUCUAUAACGUCCUUCUUCUCUCAACACAAUGGCCUCCCCUAAGCUCCAAGUCGCCGUUGCUGGUCUCGGCCGCAUGGGUGCUCGUCAUGCUCUCAACUUUCACAACAGAACACCCCGCGCUGAGCUUGUCGCAGCCUUUACUCCUGUCCAGAAGGAGGCAGACUGGGCCAAGGUUCACCUCGAGGGUGUUACAAUCUACAACGACUACCAAGAGAUGCUGAAGCAUCCUGGCCUCCAGGCUGUAGUAGUCGCUACUGUUACUACCGCUCAUGCUGAAGAGGCCAUUCAAGCCAUUGAGGCUGAUAAGCAUGUUCUUUGCGAGAAGCCUCUAAGUACCAGCGUUGAGAUCUCCCAAUCUGUUGUGGAUGCUGCUGCCAAGAAGCCGCACCUCAAGGUCAUGUGUGGUUUCUCCCGUCGAUUCGAUGCCUCAUACCGCGAUGCCUUUGAUCGCAUGGACAGCGGUGCCAUCGGUCGUCCCUCCGUUUUCCGAUCUCAAACCUGCGAUAAACUUGACCCGUCCGGUUUCUUCGUUGCCUAUGCCGAGUUCAGUGGUGGUAUCUUUGUCGACUGUAACAUCCACGAUAUCGACCUUGCCUUGUGGUACUUUGGCCAAGACUCUAUCGUCAAGUCUGUUGUUGCUACUGGCAUCACUGCUGUUCAGCCUGAGCUGCGAAAGCACAAGGAUGUAGACAAUGGUGUUGGCAUCGUCGAGUUCUGGGGCGGCAAGGUCGCAUACUUCUACUCUUCGCGCAUGAUGGCUGCUGGUCAGCACGAUAUGACAGAGGUCAUCGGUACUGAAGGCAAACUCGCCAUCAAUGCCAACCCAGUGGGCAAUCUUGUUGAGAUGCACGAGGCGACCGGUGUGCGCCGACAGAUUCCUGGAGACUACUAUGGCCGCUUCGAGCAUGCCUUUGUGACAGAAGCGAACGAAUUUUCAGCUGCUGUGCUUGAUAACAACAAGUUACCAUUCAAGCUUACUGGUGCUGUCCAGGCUGUCAAGAUUGGUUGCGCACUCCAAGAGUCGCUCAACUCGGGCAAGAAGAUUAACUUUGAUGAGACUGGUCGUCGCAUCGAGGAAUCUAAGCUGUAAAAAGAAUCAUGAUUGUUGAGCGCGUUCAUAUUUAGAUGAGUUUAUAGAGUAAUUGGACUUUGUUUGUGCGAAAUGAAUAUUCUGAUCGUACAUCUGAACCGCUAAUGGAGAUGAG